CCCAGGUGAGACAUAUACAAAAGGAGAGAGCAUGGAAGAAAGGAUUACUCGGGCUGCAACUGCCAAGUUAAUGAAAAAAGCUUUUCUUGAAGCUCUAAAAUCAAAUGACUACAAAACGCUGGAAGAUAUUUUGAUACAAAAGCAAAUAGAUGUGGACACAGUGUUUGAAGUGGAAGAUGAGAACCUGAUUUUGGCAUCAUACAAACAAGGAUAUUGGCUGCCUAGUUAUAAGUUAAAAUCAUCUUGGGCCACUGGACUGCACAUAUCAGCCCUGUAUGGAUACCUGGAGAGCCUCAUGGUACUGUUAAAUCACAAAGCGGCCAUCAACUACAAGCCAAAUGGGAAAGCUGCUAUCCACGUGGCAUGUGACGUGGCAAACGUUGAGUGUCUCACGAUCCUUUGCAACCACGGAGCGAACGUUAACUGCUUUUCACUGAGCGGCCACGCACCCUUACACUUCUGUACAACAAAGGCCUCUGUGCCUUGUGCCCAGCAGCUCAUUUGGAGAGGAGCAAAUGUGAACAUCACAACAAACAAUCAGGAUGAAGAGACUCCCCUGCACAGAGCUGUACGUUUUGGCAUCCCUGAACUGGUGGCAUUUUACGUGGACCAAGGAGCAAAUGUUGAUGCUGUCAAUGCCCACAUGGAAACUCCACUGGCCUGUGCAGCUUACUGGGCCCUUCGCUUUAAAGAGCAGGUGUACAGCAUAGAACACCACCUAAUCUGUAGGAUGCUGAUAGACUAUAAAGCUGAAGUUAAUUCUCGUGAUGAAGAUUUCAAAUCACCACUCCACAAGGCUGCCUGGAACUGUGACCAUGUGCUGAUGCACGUACUGCUUGAGGCUGGGGCUGAAGCAAACCUGAUGGACAUCAAUGGCUGUGCCCCCAUACAGUAUGUUCUGAAAGUGACAUCCGUGCGGCCAGCGGCCCAGCCUGAAAUCUGCUACCAACUUUUACUGAAUCAUGGAGCAGCUAGAAUAUAUCCUCCACAGUUCCACAAGGUGUUGCAGGCCUGUCAUUCCCACCCAAAAGCCAUUGAGGUGGUCAUUAACUCAUACGAACACGUCAAGUCAACAUCAAAGUGGAGAGCAGCUAUACCCAAUGACGUCUUUGAGAGGCACAGAGAUUUCUACGACUCUCUGUUCACCGUGUGCAGUAAUUCACCACGGUCGCUCCUGCAUUUAUCUAGAUGUGCUAUUAGACGAAUAUUGUUCAAAAGAUGCCACAAAGGAGUCCCUUCACUUUCCAUUCCACCUCCGUUGAAGAAGUACUUGCUUUUAGAACCAGAAGGAAUCAUUUAUUAAGUCUUAGCAAAGCAGACGGAUAGUACCUGCAGUCUCUGGGUCUGCACACAUGUGGAGGGAAUUACCAUCAGGGAGUUUUUACUAGGGAAAGUCGAAGUUCUUGACAAAAUUCUUAUGCAAAGAAGGAUCUGGUUUCAUAAAUACCAAUGCCGAACUGCUCUCUCCAUUAUAUGUACUGAUCCUUUGUUCAAUCUAGUUUUAAAUUAACUGAACCAAGUGUGACUUCCACCACUUCACUUCGGUAAUGAUUCCACUGUCUAUUAGGUAUCACUGUUGAGAAUGUUUUCCAGAUAUCCAAAACAAACUGCCCUUGAUAUUGUUUCAAUUUAGUUUUUUCAACCAUCAUCUCAGGAAGAACAAAACAGGAUCG